AAGGACACACCCCCUCCACGUUCAUAUAAAGCCUAUCUUACUAGUUCGGUAAGUUCACACGGCACUGCACGUUCCUUCAGAAUUCAUUCCGCCUCCCGUAAUACUCCAAAGAUGGCCUUCCAGAACCUAGGAACCGUCCCCAACAAGACGGUACUUGACAGGUACAUGAGACUGGAACUCCCCGAGGACAAAUGCCAGGCCAUGUACGUGUGGGUGGACGGCAGCGGGGAGAACCUACGCUCCAAGACCCGUACCCUUAACUUCAUUCCCAAGGCCCCUGAGGAGCUCCCGAUCUGGAACUUCGACGGGUCGUCCACGGGCCAGGCCGAGGGCAGCAACAGCGACGUGUAUCUGCACCCGGUGGCGCUCUACCGGGACCCCUUCAGACUGGGCAACAACAAGCUUGUGCUCUGCGAGACCUACAAGCACGACAAGACCCCGACGGACACGAACCGCCGGCGGAAGUGCGUCGAGGUCAUGACGAAGGCGGCCGCUGAGCACCCCUGGUUCGGCAUGGAGCAGGAGUACACGCUCCUCGACGUCGACAACCAUCCCCUGGGUUGGCCCAAGAACGGCUACCCGGGGCCUCAGGGACCCUACUACUGCGGCGUCGGGGCCAGCAAGGUCUACGGGCGCGACGUGGUGGAGGCCCACUACAGAGCCUGCCUCUACACGGGCAUCAACAUCUCGGGAACCAACGCGGAGGUCAUGCCCGCCCAGUGGGAGUUCCAGGUGGGUCCCUGUGAAGGCAUCACGAUGGGCGACGACCUCUGGAUGGCGAGGUACCUCCUGCACAGAGUCGCUGAAGAUUUUGGUGUCGUCGUGUCCCUGGAUCCAAAACCCAUCCCCGGCGACUGGAACGGCGCCGGCAUGCACACCAACUUCUCCACGGACGCCAUGAGGAAUCCCAACGGCAUCCUGGCCAUCGAGACGGCGAUCGAGAAGCUUGGGAAGGUUCACGCCGCCCACAUCAGGGCCUACGACCCCCACGGAGGCAAGGACAACGAGCGCCGCCUCACGGGACUCCACGAGACGUCGUCCAUCCACGACUUCUCCGCCGGCGUGGCCAACAGGGGCGCCUCCAUCCGCAUCCCCAGGGGCGUGGCCGAGGAGAAGACGGGCUACCUGGAGGACCGCCGCCCCUCGUCCAACGCCGACCCCUACGUCGUGUCCGAGAGGCUCGUCCGCACCAUCUGCCUCGACGAGUCCUAACGACGGAGGCGAAGACGGAGGCGGGAAGAAUCUGAGGGAUUUUAGACAUUUUAGGUUUGCGUGAGAGAUUUGUGCUAAUUUAAAAAUGUAAUUUUAUAGAAGUGAUGAGUGAGUACUUUUAAUACUGUUAAAAAAUCGAUGAACAAGUGCCUUUUAGAGUUUUGCUUUCGAUGAUCUAUGAAAAUUAUUUACUAUUUUAAAUAUUUUUUAGGUUGAUACACACAGGAAGAUUUUAACUUGGAUUUUAACUACUCAUCAAUAUAAAGGAAAAGAAUAA